AAUGUGACGCCAUUGAUGCGUCUGCAGAAGCUUCGUGUCCCCUCCAUUGACCGCGGGAGGGCAGCCCAAUGGGGGAGGACUAGGAGCCAGCCAGAGGAGGGGUCCAAUCCAACCGUGCGUGCGUGAGCCAUUACGUAUGCGUAGCCAGGCCACCGCCCUCCCUCCGCCACUCGCCGUCCGCCGACGCCACACGCUAAGCAAUUUCCAAUCCCCCGCCGGGCACCCCCAACCACCGCCGUCCGGCCCCCUUUCUCCACCCCGCGCCCCCCUUUCCGUGCACGAGGGGAGAAUAGUCUAAUCGGCCGAGUGCGCGCCACGCCUGCCGCCACCUAGCUCCACUCUCGCCACCGGAUCAAUCAGGAUCCCCCUCGGGUUCGCCCCAUCCAGCUAAUCCGGUCGGCCUUUUCUGGUUCUGGCCGCGGUCUGAGCCGAGAGGAUUCAGGAGGGGGGCGAGGGGGAGGCAUGGAGCAGAGCAGGGAGGAGUUCUUGGAGCAGUUCGGCGCCGACUACGGCUACCCGGACGCGCCCAGGGGCGUCGACCAGAUGCGGGCCGCCGAUUUCAAGCGCCUCCAAGGGACGGUGUACCUGGACCACGCCGGCGCGGCGCUCUACUCGGAGCCGCAGAUGGCCGACGUCGUCAAGGACCUCGCCUCCAAUGUCUAUGGCAACCCUCAUAGCCAGAGUGACUCGAGCAUGGCCGCGACCGACCAAGUUACUGCUGCACGCCAUCAGGUCCUAAAAUACUUUAAUGCAUCUCCAAGAGACUACAAAUGCAUAUUCACCUCCGGGGCAACAGCGGCUCUGAAACUUGUUGGUGAAUGCUUUCCAUGGAGUAGAGAAAGCUGUUACAUGUACACAAUGGAGAAUCAUAAUAGUGUACUUGGGAUAAGAGAAUAUGCUCUGAGCAAAGGAGCAACUGCAUUGGCGGUUGAUAUUGAAGAGGAUAAGGGUCUUGAAAAGAACCAUGGAAGUCCUAGUUCCGAUUUGUUUAAGAUCUCGAGACACUCAAACCAAAGAAGAGCUGGAGAUGUCCUUCCUCAGAAUUGUCAGAAUGGAAGCCUUUCAGUGAUUUCAGAGACCAAUCGGAAUCUGUUUGCAUUCCCUUCUGAGUGCAAUUUCUCCGGACAGAAAUUCAACCUUAACUUGGUCAAGCUUAUCAAGGAAGGAAAUCUUGUGGGGCUCCCUUCGCAGCAGCAGCAGCAGGGUCAAUGGAUGGUUCUGAUAGAUGCUGCAAAAGGAUGCGCAACUGAACCACCAAAUUUAGAUGUGUAUCCUGCUGAUUUUGUUGUCUGUUCAUUCUACAAGAUAUUUGGCUAUCCAACUGGUCUUGGUGCUCUAAUUGUGAAAAACGAGGCUGCCAGUUUGCUGAACAAGACAUACUUCAGUGGAGGAACGGUAGCUGCUUCAAUUGCUGACAUUGACUUUGUUCAGAAAAGAAAGAGCAUCGAACAAGUUCUUGAGGAUGGAACAAUCUCGUUCUUGAGCAUAGCUUCUCUUCAGCAUGGUUUUAAGAUAAUUGAGAUGCUAACUACCUCCGCCAUUGCACGGCACACAUCAUCUCUUGCUACUUAUGUGAGAAAGAAAAUGCUGGACAUGAAGCACAAAAAUAAGAAAAAUGUUUGCAUAAUCUAUGGACAAGAAGCUUCUAAGGUGGCAGAUUUGAAGACGAGCCCAACGAUCACAUUCAAUUUGAAAAGAGAAGAUGGCACCUGGUUUGGAUACCGUGAGGUGGAGAAGCUCGCUUCCUUAUCAGGAAUUCAUCUGCGUACGGGCUGCUUCUGUAAUCCUGGGGCAUGUGCCAAGUACCUUGGCUUGUCGCAUUCGGAUCUAGUUUCCAACUUUGAGGCUGGGCAUGUUUGUUGGGAUGAUAAUGACGUAAUAAAUGGAAAACCAACUGGUGCUGUCAGAAUAUCAUUUGGGUAUAUUUCCACUUAUCAAGAUGCGGAGGAAUUUCUGAAGUUCCUGCAGUCUUCUUUCCUGUCAAAACCAAUAGCAUUCAGCAAUGGGCACAUGUUGAAUAUGAGCACUCUUAACUUAGUAGACAAUCAGAGUCAACAAGUUGUUCCAGAUGUUCGCUUACAGUCCAUAAUUAUUUAUCCGGUGAAAUCUUGCCAAGGAUUUAGUGUGCAGAGUUGGCCGCUGGCCACUGGUGGUUUAAAAUAUGACAGAGAAUGGCUUCUUCAAGGAUCAGGUGGUGAAAUUUUGACACAGAAAAAGGUACCAGAGUUGGGCUCUAUUCGCACAUUGAUUAACCUGGAACUUGGGAAGCUCUUCGUAGAAUCACCCAAACGGAAGGAUAAAUUGCAGAUUUCUCUUCUGGAGAAUUUGACUCAUUUAACUGCAGAAAUGGAUGUGUAUGGACAAAGGUACAAGGUAGAAAGCUAUGAUGACAAGGUAAACACAUGGUUCAGCGAAGCUAUUGGGCGUCAUUGUACUUUCAUGAGAUGUUCAAGCUCCAAGAACAGUAUCUGCACAUCUACUGGCAAGAACGGUCGUUUAUGCAGGGAUACUCGAAGCAAACUUAGUUUUGUGAAUGAGGGACAACUGCUACUAAUAUCUGAAGAGAGUGUCUCUGAUCUCAACAGUCGGCUUAGUUCAAGCAAUGGAAAUGGUACGCAGCACGUUGUUGUUGAUGCAAUGAGAUUUCGCCCCAACAUCGUUAUCUCUGGCUCGACGCCAUACAGAGAAGACAACUGGAAGAGGCUUCACAUUGGAGAUGCCUAUUUUACUUCCAUGGGUGGAUGCAACCGUUGCCAGAUGAUCAACUUGCACCAGAAUGCGGGCCAGGUGAUCAAGUCAAAGGAACCGCUAGCAACGCUAGCCUCCUACCGACGAGAAAAGGGAAAGAUUCUGUUUGGUAUCCUGUUGAAUUACGAAGAUGGUUUGGAUGGAGAAGAAGAGACCGUCGCGGAGAGAUGGCUCCAAGUAGGGCAAGAAGUGCACGCUUCGACAGAGUGAUUAAGUGUCCAGCUACGCACGCGGAGUGAUGUCUAUAUGUAAUAUUUUUGUAUAGAGACAGCCUGCCUUUCAACACCGGAAAAAGAAACUAAACGUACAAAACAUGUUUAGUUCUAAGUGUACUCUAUGCAAUAUUUUUCGCUCAUCACUGAUUGUUUCUGUGAACAA